AUGAUCUGUGACAGGCCUGCUGGAGACUCAACGGCCAACCUACGGCGUCCGCUCAUUUUGUAUCAACGGGUCACUGUGCGAUCUGGGAUCAGCCGAAAAUCGACAUGUCAUCAUGACGGCGUCUACCCUUCACCUGACCACCUGACAACAGAACUCGUCUGGCCCGGCUCGCGUAACACAAGACUCAGAGCUUUUUUGGACAGCCUUACACGUGGCUCACUAUUCAUUGCAAUGUCGCCAAGGGUUUGCAGCCGAGUCCAACCAAGCGUGACCUUCAUAGGUGGCUGUUUCAGCUUAAAAUUGUACGUUGCCUCUCGUCAGUUGAACACUUGCUCGAUUCUCCCCCGGUUUUUCACACUUAAAUGUGUCUCUUCUUUUUCCUGUCCGUCCAUGUCAUUAUCACGUCACUUCCAUUUCAUCCUCACCAACCCGCCUAUCUUUCGGCAGAUUCAGCUGGUCGUCGAGUCCGCCUUCAUUGCAUGCGACUACCACCAGCUCCCCUCGGCCUCCACUCCCCCGGCAGAGUCGGAUUCGUCUGCCGCCGCCGGCGGGUCCGCGCAUUUCUUCUUCCCUCUAGCGACACGGUUGGCGCUAGCCGAGGGUAUCAUCCUUCAGAUCACCGGACUCGACAAGGCGCUGCUGGGCCGCGAAGUCAAGUCUGCCGUCAGCGAAGUCCACGACCUGGCGUCGCGAAACUCGUUGCCCGCGGCUUUUGCCACGGCUGGCAAGAUCAUCCUCUGCCUCAGCUGCUCACGGAGACAUUAA